AUGCACGUGCACGUCUAUUUGUCAAGUGUGCCUUUGGGUGGCUGUCCAGUCGCUUCUCCGUACGAGUACGGUUUCCAGGCCCUGCGCUGUGCCGACAAGACAUCAACCACGUUCACCUUCAAGCGCGGAGAGGAGCUCAUACGGAACACAACGUCGCAGCUGGAACUGGAGGCAGUCUCGGAGCUCAUCUGGCCAUCGGCAAAAAGGGGUGUGCGUCUUUGGUCAAACCGAGUCGCGUGUUGGCACAUGCAUGCUUGCGCGGUCGUGCGCGUGGGGAUGGGCAUGGAGACAGGCAUUAUAGUGGGCAUGGUGCAGGUGGGCGUGAAGGAGUGGGACGAGACGGAAGCCGCGAGCUACUUCCCAGAUGCUGAUGUGGUGCAGGCCAUCAUUAGCUUGGGCUUAUCGGAUGUCCAGGUUGCACUUGGAAAGGAUGCAGGGCCAGGGGUGCACCCGCAAACCAUAUGGCACUUCGUUACACGGAAGGUGUGCGGUGUGCAGUACGACGAAACACACAUGCACCUCCUGCGGGAUGUGUGCCACCCGAAUCCAAGCAGCGCGUCGACAUCAGGUGGCACAUUGGCGCAGAUAGACAGAGCAGCCGAGGACGAGGACAGACAGGGCGAGGACGAGGAGCAACAUAGUGAAGAGGAGGAGCAGGAGGACGAGGAGGAGGUAGCGGCCAGGGAAACAGAAGAACGGGACAUCACCGCUGCGGACUCCGAUGCCGGCCUGGUUCUGGCAGGUGGGGCGUCCAGCGGCGAUGAGGGGUCAGACAGCGGACAGGAAGCAGCCGCCGCGGACACCAGGGGCGGCCAGGGUGAUGUGGGUCCAUCCAGUGGGACCGGUGAUGGGCGUGCGGGGCCCAGGCGGGCCAGGCGGCCCCACGACCCUAUCCUCUCCUCUCUGCACGAAUUCUGUCGCUGUGUCAAUGCGUGCAUUGCACGGCAGGGCAGGGACCGCGUCUCUGGCCGGUUCUUUGGGCAAAAUAUCCGUGAUGCAGUGGCUCGACUGACGAAAGACGAGCAGGACCAUUUAUCCGACGAUGAUUAUGUUGCAGUGCUAGAGGAGGUGGGCCAUCAGCAGGUGGUACGGAUUGCCUUGGUGGAGAGGCUGCUGCGUUCUAUGGCCACCACCAAAGGCAAGAGUUCGCUCGAGGAUGCCUCUCGGCUUGUGAGGAACGAUCCUGCAGGAAGACUGGUCUUGCGGGUGCUGCAGCCGGCUGGGCAAGGCACCGCAACUGAUUUUUUUAUCAUAUACAUAGUAUGUGUGACUUGGGAGGCAGCGUGGACGGCAUGUGUUGAGCGCGGAUUUAGCCGGCAUCGUAUUAUUAAGAAUCGCCUGACGAACCGGCUAAAGCUGGAAACGGUUGAUUCGCUACUUCGUGUGGGCAUGUUGGGACCUGCUGCUGAUACCGGGGCGAAGCCACUGAUUGAUCAGGCUGCGGGGAUCUACUCGCGUAAGGGUUAUACAGGCAUUAUUCACAAGUUGUUUUCUGACGUUAGCAAAAUUAAUUUGAAUCCAUACGGAGAGGAUGAUAACGAGGAGGUUGCGACGGACCCAGAGAUUGAAGUACUGGUACAAGCAACAUAUGUCUGGGAGAUGUGA